CAGCUUCCGGCUACCUCAGCAUGUUAUGUUGCAGUUAACUACAGGAGGGAAGCCUGCAGAGACGUACAACUCCAGAGGGGCAACAGGUGUUACAGGUGUCGAUACAAGCAGUUUUGUCCCCCACAAAUCUCCCAGCCAUGUCAGGCGACAUCGUGCAGCAACUCGGCACCUUGACCCUAGGUAUCAAGCACCUCGGCCGCAUGCCCCGCUUCUCGGACCUCACCCCUUCCUCCCUCCCGUCGCCCAGCCCCACUGUCGCCGCCUCCCAGGUCCCCGCGCUGUUCCGAGAGCCCUACAUCCUGUCGGGCUACCGUCCCGUCCAGCAGCACUGGCGCUGCUACCUCCUCAGCCUCUUCCAGAGACACAACGAAUCCCUGAACGUGUGGACUCACUUGUUGGCGGGUCCCGUGCUGCUGCUCCGCUGGUGGGCCAACGUAGGCGCCCUCGGGUACACCUUGGAUGCAGCCUCUCUACCGCUGAGCCUCUUCCUGGUGUCUUCCCUCACCUAUCUGUUCUUCAGCGUGGCAGCUCACCUCUUGCAGUCUCACUCUGAGCACGCACACUACUUCCUCUUCUUCAUGGACUAUGUGGGUGUAGCUGUUUAUCAGUACGGUUGCUCACUUGGCCAUUAUUUCUACACGUCAGAGCCGGCAUGGAGAGAGAGCCUUGUCGGGCUGCUGUUUCUGCCCGGAGCUGCCGUCUUCGGUUGGCUCUCCUGUGCAGGCUGCUGUUUCGCCAAGUCCAGGUACCGGCGGCCAUAUCCAACGCGGCGUAAAAUCUGCCAGAUGGUCCCUGCCACCUUAGCAUACGUGCUGGGCGUCAGCCCCGUAGUCCACCGCCUGAUCACCGUCUCCUGGACGCAGGAGCCCUCGCUGCCCUUCCACGCCCUCCAGAUCGCCUCUUUGCUUCUGUCCGCCCUCUUCUUCUCCUGUCCCAUCCCCGAGCGCUUCUUCCCAGGCCGCUGCGACUUUGUAGGUCAGGGCCACCAGAUCUUCCACAUUUUCCUGUCCCUGUGCACCGUGUUCCAGCUGGAGGCACUGUUCCAGGACUACGCCAGGCGGAGGGAUACAGCGGUGGAGGUGUUUGGAGAGAGGCAGCUGUGGUGGGCUUGCGCAUCCUUCCCCGCCCUGUUCUUGUGUUGCAUCCUGAUGGCACUCCUCACAAUGAGGCACAUGGCCAAGCAACUGCAGGGAAAACAAGAGAGAGACGAAGUGACGAAGUGUUGGUAAAUGUGUGUGUGAUGAAGAGAUUAGGUUUGAAGGUCCAGUGUGUAGGAUCUGGCGGUAUCUAGCGGUGAGGUGAGGAGAUUGCAACCAACUGAAGCUUCUCCCGAGAGCUACGGUGGCCGAC